AUGAAGAUUCUCAUUGCAGACACUCUCGCACAACGCGUUGUUGAUACUCUCAUCAAGCAAGGUCACCAGGUCAAGAUGGAUCCAACAAUCACAGAGGAUUCCCUUGCAAAUGAAAUCACAGACUAUAACAUUCUUAUUGUCCGUUCUAAAGUUGUAAAUGCACAUGCUAUCGAAAAUGCUCGUGCUCUCUCACUCAUUAUUCGUGCAGGUGCUGGUGUUAACACAAUUGAUGUUAACGCUGCUUCAAAUCAUGGUGUUUUAGUUACAAAUACACCAGGCCAGAACAAUGAUGCUGUUGCUGAACUCGCCUUCGGCCAUAUCAUUGCUUGCGACCGCUGCAUUCCACAGAAUACAAUGCACAUCAAGAAUGGUGAAUGGAGGAAGAAAUUAUUCCUCAAUUCCACAGGUCUUAGAGACAGAACACUCGGCUUAGUUGGCUGUGGCAACAUUUCACACUCUAUGAUCCACAUCGCAAAAGGAUUCAACAUGAACGUUGCUGUUUACUCAAUUCCAUUCAGCCCAGAAGAAGCUAAGUCUCUUGGUGUUCAAUACUGCGGAACACUUGAAGAACUCGCAAAGAUUGCUGAUGUUGUCUCAGUUCACGUUCCUUACAUGAAAGAGACACACCAUCUUAUCAACAAGCAAUUCUUCGAUGCCAUGAAGAAGAAGGCAAUCUUCAUCAACACAUCCAGAGGUGAAAUUGUCGAUACAGUUGCUAUGAUCGAAGCAAUCAAGGAAAAGGGCAUCAAGGUUGGUCUUGAUGUUUACGAGAACGAGCCAGCUGGUUCAUUCGGUACUUUCCAGAACAAUCAGAUUGCUGAAGUUGUUACAUCAGCUACAUGCCACAUCGGUGCUUCCACACAGCAAGCUUCAGAGAGAAUUGCCGAUGAAACAAUCAGAAUUGUCAACACAUUCGUUGAGACAGGUGAAGCACUUCACUGUGUCAACAUUGAUCAGUCACCAAAGGUUGAUGGAGUCCUUUCUGUUAGACAUAAUGGUGUUUUCGGAAAGAUCAUUGCCUGCUGCGAAGAGCACGGUGCUAAGAUCAUGUCUGUUAACAACGAUGUCCUCAAGGGCGAUAACUGCCAGAUCGCCGCUAUCAGGAUGAAAGUCCCAAAGAGUUUCGCUGAUGAAAUCACCAAGAUUGAAGGCGUUAUUGGUGUUUCUUGUAAGAUGUUUGAUUAA